UCGUACUUCAAAAAAAAAAAACGAUUGGGUCCCACACUCACCUCUCCGUCUCUUCCACCUCCAUAGAUAGAUUUUUUUUCCUUAAGCAAAAAAGAUUUUAUCUCACUCUCAAUAGUGUUAGUAUUGUCACAGAGAAAGCUUCAGAUCUAGAAGAAGAAGCAGAGUUCAUAAAGAGAAACCCAUUUUAAACCCUAGAAAUCAAGUGUCAAUCUCGGUAAUUAAAGUUUAUGCCUUUUUCUUUUUACUGUUAGAUUUGAUCAAUUUUGAGGUCUUUAGUCUGUUCCUUAAGGUUUUGAUUGCUUUGGUUUUAUCACCAAUGCUGUCCGAUUCUCUUGAAGAUUCUGUUUUUUUUGUUCAGAGAUCUGCUUCUUCUUUCUGUGCUUUGCUUCUGCUUGAUCGGAUUUUAGAUAUUGCAUUCUGAGCUUGACUUCGUUUGCUUUCUGUGUCAUGGUGAAAAAAGGGUUUUUGAGCUUCGAAACCUUCUGAUUCCGCAACAAUGGCAGUUACAGAUACUGAAAGUCCUCAUCUUGGGGAAAUUACUUGUGGUACCUUACUUGAGAAGUUGCAGGAAAUCUGGGAUGAAGUUGGUGAGAGUGAUGAUGAACGAGACAAACUGCUUCUUCAGAUAGAGCAAGAGUGUCUUGACGUUUACAAGAGAAAAGUCGAGCAGGCUGCGAAAUCCCGAGCUGAGCUUCUUCAAACCUUGUCAGAUGCUAAUGCUGAACUUUCCAGCCUCACAAUGUCUCUUGGAGACAAAAGCUUAGUUGGCAUUCCGGAUAAGUCUUCAGGAACGAUUAAAGAACAACUUGCUGCAAUAGCACCGGCUCUUGAACAACUGUGGCAACAGAAAGAGGAGAGAGUCCGAGAGUUCUCUGAUGUACAAUCACAGAUUCAGAAGAUAUGUGGAGAUAUUGCUGGAGGUUUGAGCAAUGAGGUUCCUAUAGUCGAUGAGUCUGAUUUGUCACUGAAGAAAUUAGACGAUUUCCAGAGCCAACUCCAAGAGCUCCAGAAAGAGAAGAGUGACAGGCUGCGCAAGGUGUUAGAGUUUGUGAGUACUGUUCAUGAUCUAUGUGCUGUUCUUGGUUUGGAUUUCUUAAGCACCGUCACCGAAGUUCAUCCGAGCUUAGAUGAAGAUACCAGUGUCCAGUCUAAGAGCAUUAGCAAUGAGACUCUUUCAAGGUUGGCUAAAACCGUCUUGACUCUUAAAGAUGAUAAGAAGCAAAGACUUCAAAAGCUUCAAGAGCUGGCUACUCAGCUAAUUGACCUGUGGAAUCUGAUGGAUACUCCUGAUGAGGAAAGAGAGCUUUUUGAUCAUGUUACCUGUAACAUUUCAUCUUCAGUCGAUGAGGUCACUGUGCCAGGUGCUCUUGCACGUGAUUUGAUUGAGCAGGCUGAGGUGGAAGUUGAUAGGCUUGACCAGCUGAAAGCUAGCCGAAUGAAAGAAAUUGCGUUCAAGAAGCAAUCUGAGCUUGAAGAGAUAUAUGCUCGUGCCCAUGUAGAAGUUAACCCGGAAUCUGCUCGUGAGAGAAUCAUGUCGCUGAUUGAUUCUGGAAACGUUGAGCCUACUGAAUUAUUGGCAGACAUGGAUAGCCAGAUAUCAAAGGCUAAGGAAGAAGCAUUUAGUAGAAAAGAUAUAUUGGACCGAGUCGAGAAAUGGAUGUCAGCUUGUGAGGAAGAGAGCUGGCUAGAAGACUACAAUCGGGAUCAGAACAGGUACAGCGCAAGCAGAGGUGCACACUUGAAUCUCAAGAGAGCUGAGAAAGCUCGGAUUCUGGUUAGCAAGAUUCCUGCCAUGGUUGACACAUUAGUUGCCAAGACCCGGGCUUGGGAAGAAGAACACAGCAUGUCCUUUGCCUACGAUGGUGUUCCUCUGCUAGCUAUGCUAGACGAGUACGGUAUGCUUAGGCAAGAACGAGAAGAGGAGAAACGGAGGCUGAGGGAACAAAAGAAGGUUCAAGAACAGCCACACGUAGAGCAAGAAUCUGCCUUUAGCACCAGGCCAAGCCCUGCAAGACCGGUCAGUGCUAAGAAAACGGUGGGGCCACGAGCUAACAACGGAGGAGCCAAUGGAACACAUAACCGGCGUUUAUCUUUGAAUGCAAACCAGAAUGGAAGCAGGUCUACUGCAAAAGAAGCAGGGAGAAGGGAGACUCUCAACAGGCCGGCUGCUCCUACAAACUACGUUGCCAUUUCGAAAGAGGAAGCUGCUUCAUCUCCAGUUUCUGGUGCUGCAGAUCAUCAAGUUCCAGCUUCACCAUGAUGAAUAAAAAAAUGAAAAAGAUGUGUAAUUUUCAGUGUUUGAGUUGGUUUAGGAAGAAAAGGCUCUAUGAAACACCUGAAAGAAGACAAAAAGACAUUUGAGAGUAGAAUGGUGUACUAGAAUGUGUAUGUGUGUGUGUGUUUUGUUAAUGUUAUUUUGAUAGUUGUAUCAUCUUCGCUAAAAAAAACAACCUUUUUCUAGGGCUUAUAUGGGCCUUGAGAUAGAGAGCCCAUAAAGACCUUUCAUUAUCUUUGUCCAAGUUUAAUAGCGUCCUCAAGUAGGCAAGGCAUGAUCUUUCAGUUCUAUGACAUAUUGACAUGUAUCAAUGUUAUGAAAAGUGUCUUCCAACAAAAGCCGAAAUUAAUUUGAUUUUGAUUUGGUUUCUG